UCCACUCUCUCAAAUUCAGAAAGUUUCUGUUUUCGCGAUCCAAAAGAUAGAAAGAAAAUCCAAUUCCAGACGACUCCGAUCGUCUUCUUCAGCUUACAAGGGACGCCGAUCUAUUUCUCUCUCUUCUCCGAUCGUCUUUUGAUUGGUUUGCUUUUUGAUGUGAUUAGAAACUAGAACUUGAACAGAAGCUUGAGUUUUCGGGUUUUUUCCAGAAUAAAUAACUGUCGGCGGCUUCGAUCUAUCAUAUCAGACCCAUCAUCUUUUCUUCUGUUAUUUCCAAUCAAAACCCGUUUCAAAAGAGAGUCGAGCAGACAAGGGGGCAAUAUAUUGGUCUCGAAUAGUUCAUUGAUUUCAAGAAGAACAUUUCAAAAAUGAAAUUGCAUAGAAAUAGGUUCAAAGGUGGCUGAUUUGUUGAUACUUUUUAAUGUAAGUACACGGUGUUUGAUACGCAGAAUAUCAAUUAGUUCAGUUGUUAAUUUUUUACUUUUUUUGUUUUUCCCCUCCCCUGUGUUAACAGAGAGUUAUCUCCUUGAUUAGCACUGUUCAUUUAAGCUUGAUCAGUUAGAAAAGUUGUUACAUUUCUGUUGUAAUCAGUGGUUAAUUAGUCUUGCUAAUUAGGGUUAGUUCAUGCUUAAUUAGUUAGUGUCCUACAGCUGUCUGCCACAUGUCUCUCAUCUGUGCAGUGCAGCUAUAGGUAUAAAUAUCUUGUACGACUUUAUCUUCUGGUAAUGCAGCUCCUUUUCUUCUCAAAAUAUCUGAGUUUCUCUCUUUUCUCUCUAGACUCUCUCUAUCUCUAACAUGGCAUCAAGAGCCAGGUUCGAUUGGGACCAGUGUCUUGCAUCUUUUGCUUAGCUACCUGAGGAUCAUGAAGCGAUCGUUCUCUUCUAGUUCUUGCGGGUGUUGAUUUCUACAAUAUCAAAGAAAGAUUCAAGUUUGAGAUAAGUUCAAUUUUGUUUCUAGAUCCGGAAUUAUGGAAGUUCUGAAAGUUGAAAUUUGUUGCUGAUUUCUGGUUUCAAAGUGUUGAUUCCAUGAUGGAAGUAGUAUGCCUACUGUCUAGUACAAGAUUCAUGAGUUUUUGCUGUGAUUUGCUUAAGAUUGAAGUUUGGUAAAGCCCUAAAUUUGUUCAUAGAUGUUUCAGUACUUGCUUGUGGAAGAUCUAGUUGUGAUUUUGGAAGAUAUGGAAGUCUAAAAUCCUAGUUUCUCAUCAGUAUUUGUUCAAGAUCAUAUCAGAAAUUGUUGAAGAUCAUACAGCUAUUUUGCUGGGUUUUAUCUCUGUUACUAGUGUGAAGUUGCUACACAUUGCAUAAGCUGGAAAUUGUUGGAUUUCGGUUAUGUUCAUCAGUUAGUCAUCUGAGAUCAUCAGUGGUGAAUUUUGAGUGUUGAUUUGUGUUGCCUAUCAUCAUGAAUACCGAUAUUGACUUAAGAAAUUGUCUACUGUCCAACUUCUGCAAUUUGAUUCCGGUUCACUUAGAUGGCUCUAACUAUGUCACAUGGAAGUUUUUGUUAGAGACAAUGUUAAAAGGUUGUGGUCUAAUGAAAUUUAUAGAUGGUUCGUUUCCUUGUCCUUCUCAAUAUAUGAUCACAGAAGAAAACGAAAGCACAUCUGAAAUAACAACAGAGUACAUUAAUUGGAAGCAAAACGAUUAUGCUGUGAUGACUUUGCUUGCUGCUACUCUAUCUAGUGAGGUUCUCUCUUUUGUUGUUGGAAGUAUUACUUCAAGGGAACUUUGGUGUUUGCUCAAAGGGAGGUAUGCCUCUACUUCUUGGUUUAACAAAGAGCAACUCAAGAGCAACUUUUACAAACGUCAAAAAGGUUCAGACUCUAUUGACAACUACCUGGAUCGAGUGAAGAUAGCUUGUGAUCAGUUGGCUAAUGUAGGGAUUCAUAUAUGACGGAUGAAGACAUAAUUGUCUCUGUUCUUCUUGGUUUGCCAUCAAACUAUACUACCAUGAAGACUAUAAUCAGGGCUAAGCCUACCCCGAUUUCAUUACAAGAAUUAAGGUCUCUUUUACUCAUUGCUGAAGCUGAACUUGAUGAAAUUGACAAGUCUAUUUCUUUGCCAAGGUAUGCUUCUGCACCGACUCUUGUUACAAAUGACAAAUAUGAUGCUAAUGCUACGAUGCCUAUGAUGCCUACAAGUAGUGUUGCCUCUUCUAUUGGGUAUACUGUGCAGUCCAUGUCUAAUUUGGGGUAUACAAUGAGUGAUGCUCAUAAGGCUCCUGCUGUGUCUAAUGGAAUCUGUUAUGCCACUGCAUCUAUUCCUAAAAGGGAUUUUAUAUAUGCUGCAAAUACUGUGCUUAACAAUGAGUCUCAAGGAGACUUUGUACAGCAAUUUUCGAGUCCCUCUCAAUCUGCUGAUGUCCUGCACCAACACUUUGGUCAUUCACAACAGCACUUGAACCAUUGUCGAAAUAGUACUACUGACAGUUUUGUUACUGGGCUAUACACUCAACCCAAUACUGAUUUUACUCAGCAACACAGUGGUUACUCAAUGCAUAAUAGCAAUCAUGACUCAAGUGGAGGUUUUGUUCCCAAUCAUAACACUGCCUCUCAGCCUCUAUACUUUACAAAUACUUCAUCACCUAUUGCAGUCACUCCUAGUCUUGCAACCUGUGGUCGAAUAUCACAAGUACACGAUGGUUGUUUUCCUCAAACCUCAAGUUUCUUGCAGCAGCGUGGCUUUUCACAACCAUUUGCAUCGUGCACUAGUACUACAAAGCAAAAUGUUUAUGGGUGUUUCCCUCAAUCUACUGGUUUCAUUGCACAAAGUGAAGGUAUACAGAGGUCUUAUGGUAAUGAAAUUGGCAAUGGAGUGCAAGGCUAUAAUGGUUCGCAUCAACUACAUAACAACUCUCAGAAUGCUAGAGGAUCUGGAUCUCAUGGUGAUAUUGUUGAUGUGAAUAAUAGGACAGAACAACAUGCAGAGGCUCUUGUUUGUUCAAGUCGAGACCAUGGAGAUUAUGAAAAAGAUGGUCCUUUGCCCAUGGGAACUCAUGAUAACAACCUUGUUGGUAGUUCUUUUAAGGCCAAAAUGUCUUCUACGGAGUCCAAUAAGGAUGUUGUUGAGGAUCAUAUGAACAAUGGUAGCUAUCAAGGUAUUCAGCAAGUGCAACAGAAAAUACAACAAACCAAUGCAUUUCAGCAAAAUAAUGGCUCUCAGCACAAUGGAGGAUUCAUGAAGCAGCAACCCAAUCGUUCGGGAUACUCUGCACAAAGAUGUUACCAUAGGAACUCUCAGCCUUUGAAUAUUGCCUUGAGCUCAUAUGUGGAAUGCCAAUUGUGCAGGAGGCCUGGACACAUUGCCAAAAUUUGCAGAUAUAAACAAUGGCCAAGUAACAGCUCUCAGAAUACUCAAUUAAGUUCCUAUACCUCCAUGCCACUCAUUCCUCCUGGCUGAAGUACAUAUAUGGUGUGAUAGCUUGCAGCAGGCUGGAACAAUCAAGCUUCAGUUUGUAGCCUCAAAGAACAGAUUGCUGAUCUAUUUACAAAAGGGGCUCUGCUCACCACAGCACAACUAUCUUUGUGUCAGCUUGAAGCUCAUGUCUAAGCAUCAAGCUGAGGAGGGCUGUUAACAGAGAGUUAUCUCCUUGAUUAGCACUGUUCAUUUAAGCUUGAUCAGUUAGAAAAGUUGUUACAUUUCUGUUGUAAUCAGUGGUUAAUUAGUCUUGCUAAUUAGGGUUAGUUCAUGCUUAAUUAGUUAGUGUCCUACAGCUGUCUGCCACAUGUCUCUCAUCUGUGCAGUGCAGCUAUAGGUAUAAAUAUCUUGUACGACUUUAUCUUCUGGUAAUGCAGCUCCUUUUCUUCUCGAAA